AGGGGAGGCAGUCGGAGCCAGCACACCAAUUACAAACCACAGGCUUCCGGCUCUAGGGAGUCGCUCCAGAAUUAUCUUUCUGGAAGGGAAGCGCUGGAUUCCUUCCGAACUUUCCAAGUCCAUCCACGAUUCAGAGAUAUUGUCCUCUCUGGGAUUUUCUGUGUUUCUGGUGAAUUGUUGCUGAUGUAUUUGCUACUUUGGUGUUUUGUUUUUGUUUCUAGUCUUUGAAGAUUUGAUCAUUCUAUUUGCUAUUCUGAAAGAAAAAGAACUUUCCUUAGGAGAUUUCAGAAGUGAUUUUGAAUCUUUCAUAAAUGUUUUUAGAGUUCUUUGGGACAGUAGCUCUCAUCUUGGAAUCAGUUUCUGCCUUUGACCUGCUUGGAUUAUUUUUUCAGGCUGCGGAAUUUCCCGGCACCCACCUGUAGCGUUGGGGCGCUUGGUUUGGUUGCAGAGUAAGAAGGUGGAAGAGUGAACUGUACUUGGCUAAGCAACUGAAACCUUUUUAAAGCAGGAUCUAUAAAAGCAUAAUUGAAUUUGUUUCGCCCCCGUGGAUUCCAGUGGGCCCGACAGCACAACAGGUUUGCAGAUUUCUUUUGAAAUUCCUCCCCUCUCCUUCUCUGCCUCAGCAAAAGAAAAGAAUCUGAAUAACAGGUUCAUGUUCAGUUGCUUGGCUUCCGAGCACCCAUUCUGAAGACUUUAUAAUGUUCUAAACCUGACCUCAGCGUGCAGUGGGCUUUGUGGGUGAGGCGCACUUAUAUUAAGAAUGAACAUUUAGAAAUCUUACUCUGCAUUUGUGUGAAGACCCAAAGUUUCAUAUGUGCCUUGAAAUAGCGCGAAAUUAGUCUCCUCAAAUUUAUUUGUAUUUUUUGAGGUUGUUCUAUUUAUGAGCCUGUGAUUAAUCAUCGCCCUAAUUCCCCUUUUUCUCCCCACCUCCUCAAGGAAUUUGAAAACGUGCUAGGAAGAGUCCUUUGUUUUUCUUAUGAACCUAGAAAAUUACAGAUUAUGAGAUCUGGAUGUUAAAGUAGUGUCCAAAAGCAUGUCAUGGGAAAUCACAGUGCUUGGCAUUCUCAAAGUGGAGAAUAAAAUCUAGAAUGCCUAAGUGAGAAUGGAAAAUGGAGAUAGAAAUAAAUACGAAUCUUAGCUGGGGAAAUAAUUGGAACACUAACCUUUUCACAUAUUCCAAUUGCAGUAUCUGGAAAAGGUGAUGCUCAAAAUUAUAUAUGUGAAGUUAAGUAAAUUAGCACCUAAUUUCUAAACUUUUGGUAAAACAGAAAAUAUUGAACUAUGUUCAGGUAUAUAAAAUAAGGGGCCUGGAGUUUUGACUACACCCAAAAUUCAGUUUAAUGUGGAAGCUUUUGUGGAUAUAUCCUGUAUCAUUGGACGUCUUUCAAGGUGUGCCUCAAAUUUUGCUUUAUUAUUGCUUCUCUCAUUACAAAAAAAAAAUCACAACAUUUCUUUAGUCACUUACUGCUGACAAAUGUUGUGGCUUAAAAGGAGCAUCUCCUCAUUUUCUGACUGCAGCUCUUCACUCUGCCUUGACACAUGGCGUUAGCUGUUUACCUUGCCUUGUUUUGUUCAUGAACCUUGGUGUUAGCGCCUCAGUGACUGAAUGCAUAUGGGAAGACCCACCCAAGUGAUCUGACACAGUCACACCUCCUGAUGUGACGACCUUCAAUCCCAAGAGAAUUUGGAAAAUUUCAAAGAUCAGUGUUGAUAGCUUUUCUAGUCAAGAGAGAAGAUGGGAGAGAAUGACAUACCUGCCGCAGAAGUGGGCUGAGAACGCCCUCAUCUCUGCCCAAUCAGGAAUGCCACCUGCUCUUGGAAACAGACUUUAGAGGAAGCAAAGGCCAGCACUACGACUGGGUUUUCUGAAACUGAAGCCUAAAUUCUCUUUUCUUGCACUUGUCUGGAUCUGAGGACCUGCAUUUGGUCUUAGCUAAAGGAAGCAGUAUGUAUGCCCGAAGUGCAUUGCUGCAGCUGGUAGCAUGAGUGGUGGCCAGCAGCUGCAGCUGGUUGCCCUCUGGCCCUGGCUGCUGAUGGCUACCCUGCAGGCAGGCUUUGGACGUACAGGACUGGUAUUGGCAGCAGCGGUGGAGUCCGAGAGAUCGGCAGAGCAGAAAGCUAUUAUCAGAGUGAUCCCCUUGAAAAUGGACCCCACGGGAAAGCUGAAUCUCACUUUGGAAGGUGUGUUUGCUGGUGUUGCCGAAAUAACUCCAGCUGAAGGAAAACUGAUGCAGUCGCACCCCCUGUACCUAUGCAAUGCCAGUGACGACGACAAUCUGGAGCCUGGAUUCAUCAGCAUUGUCAAGCUGGAGAGCCCCCAGCGGGCGCCCCGGCCCUGCCUGUCGCUGGCCAGUAAGGCCCGGAUGGCAGGUGAGCGAGGAGCCAGUGCCGUGCUCUUUGACAUCACUGAGGACCGAGCUGCUGCUGAGCAGCUGCAGCAACCCCUGGGGCUGACCUGGCCUGUGGUGCUGAUCUGGGGUCGUGAUGCCGAGAAGCUGAUGGAUUUCGUGUACAAGAACCGUAAGGCCCAUGUGAGGAUUGAGCUGAAGGAGCCCCCAGCCUGGCCGGAUUAUGAUGUGUGGAUCCUCCUGACGGUGGUGGGCACCAUCUUCGUGGUCAUCCUGGCCUCGGUGCUGCGCAUUCGGUGCCGCCCCCGCCACAGCAGGCCGGAUCCUCUUCAACAACGAACGGCCUGGGCCAUCAGCCAGCUGGCCACCCGGAGGUACCGGGCCAGCUGCAGGAGGGCCCGGGCCGAGUGGCCAGACUCAGGCAGCAGCUGCAGCUCCGCCCCCGUGUGUGCUGUCUGCCUGGAGGAGUUCUCUGAGGGCCAGGAGCUACGGGUCAUCUCCUGCCUGCAUGAAUUCCAUCGGACAUGUGUGGACCCCUGGCUCCAUCAGCACCGGACCUGUCCCCUCUGCAUGUUCAACAUCGUAGAGGGAGAUUCAUUUUCCCAGUCCUUGGGAGCCUCUCGAUCUUACCAGGAACCAGGCCGGAGGCUCCACCUCAUCCGCCAGCAUCCCGGCCAUGCCCACUACCACCUCCCUGCUGCUUACCUGCUGGGCCCUUCCCGAAGUCCAGGGGCUCGGCCCCCGCGACCUCGUUCCUUCCUUCCAUCCCAGGAACCUGGCAUGGGCCCUCGAGCCCAGCGCCUCCACAGAGCCACACACCCCCAGGCUCCAGGUGAGCAGCAGUGUCCUGCAGCAGUCCAGCGCCCCUAUGCACAGGGCUGGGGACCAGGCCGCCUCCGAUGUGCCACACAGCACCCUGCUGCUUGCCCAGGGCCCCUGCGCAGGACCAGACCUCAUGACAGCAGCGGCUCUGGAGAAAGCUACUGUACUGAACGUAGUGGCUACCUGGCAGAUGGGCCAGCCAGCGACUCCAGCUCAGGGCCCUGUCAUGGCUCUUCCAGUGACUCAGUGGUCAACUGCACGGACAUCAGCCUGCAGGGCAUCCACGGCAGCAGUUCCACCUUCCGCAGCUCCCUAAGCAGUGACUUUGAUCCCUUGGUAUAUUGCAGCCCCGAAGGGGAUGCCCAGCGGGAAGAGCCACAGCCCAACGCAACCUCCAGGCGCCGUUCCUUGGACUCAGUGGCACCCACAGGGGAAAUCCAAGUUUCUAGCCACGUCCACUACCACCGCCACCGGCACCACCACUACAAGAAACGGUUCCGGUGGCAUAGCAGGAAGCUUGGCCCAGACACUGGGCUGCCCCAGUCCAGGCCUGCUGCCCCUCGGACCCAGGUGCAGCCAGAGCCACCAUCUCUUGAACCACAAGUCACCAAGUCCGACCCAGCUGCCCCUUCAGGGCAGCUGCCCAACUCACAACGGUCCAGGGCUCCCAUGGAGCUGGCCCCCCGCCCUGCAGAAGCCUCCAACCCCAGCCCCAGCAGUCUUUGCAACCUGCAGAAAUCCAGCCUUCCCAGCCGGCACCCGCAGAGGAAACGACGGGGUGGCCCUGCAGAGCCACCUCUGGCCCCUCGGACCCAGGACCCAACUGCACACCCCGCCUGCCAGGCUGUCCCCCAUUUCAGUACCAGCCUGGCAUACCCGUGGCCUCCAGAGGCCCACCCAUUAGUCUUCAGACCUCCAGGCCUGGACAGGAGGCUGCUACCAGAAACCCCAGGUCCCUGUUACUCAAGUUCACAGCCAGUGUGGUUGUGCUUGACUCCACGUCGGCCCAUAGGACCACACCCACCUGGGGAAGGGCCUUCUGGAUGGAGUUCUGACCCCCUGGGGAGCAGGCCAUGCCCUUACUCACACUGCCAGGUGCUGCCAGCCCAGUCUGGCACAGAAGAGGAACUGGAGGAGCUGUGUGAACAGGCUGUGUGAGGCGGGCAAGCCCAGCUCCAGCCAUGAGAGUGCUCCGGACAACUCGGGGGCCUUACCUGGCCAAAUCCUGUUCUUGGGAGAAGAAAGGACCUCAGCAGACACGUCGCUUUGGGCUGUGCUUCCUGGAGCCCCUGGAAGAAGCGUGGUCAAUGGUAGACGGCAGCAGAUGCUGCUCCCAGCUCCAGACCUUGUCUGCAGAACACGGUUCCAGCACAGCAAGCCUGUGUCCAGCCAGGCAGCCAGCCGUGGACUAUAUGCACGUGGAGGCCAGUCCCUGGAAGGCUGGCUUUCAGAGGACAGGAAGUUAGGUAGCUAGGUGUUAGAAAGGUGCUGCUCUGGUCCCCAACCCCAGGUGGGCAGGUUCAGCAGAACCUGUGACACCUUCUCGCCUCCUUCCCCAGGUGAGCUCUGCAUACCAGUUCUGUCCCCCCACCAAGAGAGCCACUGAGUCAGGGGUAAACCCAGCUCUUCCAUUUUCCUCCUUUGCAAGAGGAUGGAGGACAGAGCAGAGCCUUAAAAGGUGAGCACCACAGCUUUUCCAGGACAGCCAUUUCCCCCUUCUUGGCCCUAAGGGGAGGGAGGCUCUGGGUAGCC